AUGGAAAACAACGGCUUUGAUUAUAAUGCGCUCAGAGGUACAAAUCCAAGGUUCUCAAUGUCACAGACUUCGGACCCGUCAACGACAAAAGUCAAGCCGAAGACGUUCUCAAUGACGCAGGGUAAGCCACUUACACAGAACCCAGAAAUCAGCUCGACACACAACGCAAAUUCCUUCAAGUUCGCUCUGUUCAAGAACGCUGAAGCCUUGGCCAUUCCUGACGCGUCGCGACGAUCCGUGUUUUCUUUUCAAGCGCAACAACGAACGCAGGCUGAGAGUUCAUUUCAGAGUCGCCUAUCGGCACCACUAAUUCUUUCAGACGUCCAAGAAGCAUUGAAGGCACCCGUCAAUAUCCUGCAGGAUCGCGACGUCGGACAGGGGGAGGCACAAGAGGGAAGAAGAGACGCGUCAUCCCCGUUGACGGCCUCACCCAAAUAUGAAGGCCGCGCAUACAUCCAUCCAGCAUCGCAUAAAUCGCCGCCAAAUCAUCCUUCACCUACCGCCUCACACAGAGAAAUAGAAUUUUCGCCAGAAUAUAGCCGGGAAAACGACAGGACCGCAUCUUUGACCUCGAUUCCAGGCGAGUCAAAUCGCAAAACUAGUCGUCGACAAUCACCCGCCUUAUCUGGAGCGCAUACAUCUUCUUUGCCUCCGCCUUCACGCCCCAGCUCGCGGUCUCAAUUAGUUUUUCCGCUAUCAAAAAAUGAAUUAGGUUUCAAUUCGAUUCCAGAUACGUCUCUCAAACCACAACAAACUCCUCCCAUUGCGAAAAGGGAUGUAAAGCGAGCGUUUAGCGAUCUCCUUGAGCAUAACCACCGAUACGAGGCUUUUUUUGCGGAAUCGAUCGCACUGCAAACACAAAAUGAGUAUUUAUCUCGAAUGCGCAGUGCGGCGACGAAGGAUCUCAAGUCUGCGCGUGAAGAGCUUUCCGCUACAGCAGCGCAAUUGGCAUCUGCUAGGUCGGAGCACGCCGCCGCUCUCCCAUUGUUGAAAUCAACGGAGAAUGAAUUAAGCACCGCCAAGUCUGACCUCGCCUUAACACGCUCGAAUCUUGCGGAUGCCGUCGCCGAAAUUUCGACCCUCAAAAGCUCUUUGGAGCAAAUGUCGCAUGCUUAUGGGCAGGAAAAGUUGGGGAAGGAAGUGGCUGAAAAGAGGCUCGUCACGGCAAAGCAAAGUCUGGCGACUCUCUGA